GACUGGAAUGUUAUACGAUUUAUUUAAAUAAGAAAAAAGAAAAAAAUUUGAAGUCAUUACCGUAAUAUCAUUAAAUGUUAAGAUUCUACGAAAAGAUACCAACGUAAGGAAGAUCGUUCUAACUUUUUUAUUAUUUAAUACGAAAUUAAUAUAUACCAAAGAAAAGAGGGAAAAAGAACAAAGAAGAGAACGAAUGAUUAAUUUUAACAAUAAGGGAGAAUAUUUGAUUGUUAGGUUAUGUCGAAUAAAGAAACAAUGUAGUAAACAUUCUUCUAGUUUCUCGAGUGAGAAAUGAAUUAUCCUAUAUUCAUUUUGUUAUACCACGAAUCUAGAAUGAGUUGAUUAUUAGGCAUAGACAAAGGACGUUCAUACGUCGAAUCUACGCCAAUAUCAUCGCGAUUUCAUGGAUUAUUCGCAACAAAGAUUGUUCGUGUGUGCAAUGAUCGCCAUUUUGCUUCUCUCACAUCUGACAUGUCUUUCUAAUGUUAUUAUCGAUGAAUACCGUAAUUCGUGCGUGAAAAUCUUAAAUUUCCUUGAAGUGUAUCUUUUAAGAAAAGGUCAAGUUAUUUCUGAUUGGACAAUAGUCAGCAUUAUUAUUUGGAAUAAUCUCUUGUUGCUCCAAUUUCGAUUAAACUACGUUAAACCCCGAGCUAAGCAACCACUAGAUAAAGGCAAUUUUAUGUGCGUAAUCACAGAUAUUUUACUCUUGUUACAAAAUUUUUAAUAUGUAACAGAGAAAUGAUUAAAUGAAUUUUUAAUGUUACAUCGUUGAUAAAUUUGUUUGCAAUAUUUUCUAUGGUGUCUCGUUGUCAAUGCAAGGGGCGAACAUAACCAAAUAUUGUUGACCUCCAACGUUGUGUGUGCUCAUGUCAUCACUGAAAAAAGAACACUUCUUAAUAUGAUUUUAACUUGUCAGAUAUUAUUGAUACUACCUUCAGCAAUAUUUUAUAUCUUGAUGCACCCUAUAUUGCAGUUGAUUAAAGAUGCAUAGGAUUUGUUAGCUAUAAAAUGCUAUGUAAGACAAGGAUUGUUUUUACUCUGAUCUAGAUAUGGACUAUAGUCUAAUGCUUGUUGCUUAAAUCAAGUCUAUGUAAACACUAUGUACAUUCAAAUCUAAAUCCAAACACAAUAACAAUAUAGUUUGAAAAUUCUUAAACGUUUAUUCAUGAGAUAUUGAAUAUAUUUUCAAAGAACUUGUUGUUAUGAGUAUAAGUAAAAUAAUAUACAUAUUAUGGGGGAUCUAUACACAAAUUUUGAAAGCAUAUAAUUUGGAUAUAAUUUGAAUGUAUUAAUACGCAUACCAUGACGAUUUUAUAUGUAUCCAUAUAUAUAUAUAUAUAUAUAUGUAAAGUUUAAAUAGACGAUUAAGUACAUAGCAAAAUAUUUAGCAAUUAAGUAAUAUUGCAUAUUAUUUUGUAAUAUAUGACAUUUUUUACUCAAAUUUGUUUCUGCGUACAUAUUGUUUUAGUGCAAAUGUAUAAGGCUUUAGGGCCUAACUGUAAAAAAAAUCUAUAACUGUGAUGUAAUUUAAAUGAAUUUAUUUUUAAUUUUUAUAUUUUCAGUAUUAUUUACAUAAUAAAAAGUGUAUAUAAGUGUUAGUUUUGGUAUAUGGCAUAAACUAAGUUUUAUCUAGAUAAGAAGAAUUUUGAUGUGUGGAGUAUUUGAGAAUGCAGAUAGAAUGGGCUGGAAUAAGAGUGGCAAUCAAUGAAGGUCCCUACGUCUGGAAACUCAAACAUGGACAAUAAAUUGAAGUUUUCAGAUCGCUUGAAGGCUUUAUUGAAAACCGAGGCUCACCAGGAUGUUGAUCCGUAUAUUUUUAGUGAACCAGAACCAUUUACUGCAGCAGCAGGAAGAAACUGUACAGUAGUUCAGACCAAAAGUUCUAAAGUGAUGCAAAAUUGUAAAAAAAGUAAAGGGAAAUGUAUAAAAGAAAGGAUAAAAUUAACUCCUGUGCCAAGUGCAGGAUAUAGAACUGUUACAGAUAGAAGGACAGACUUGGAUGUGGAAUAUGGUGGUGGGAGAAGCAUAGAUCAAAAAUAUUCUAAUAUAGUUCAAAGUAAACGACGUCACUUAGAGAAUUUGGAACGACUCAGGUCAAGGAGACAGAAUCGGGACCAUACGUUGCUGUACUACCCAAAAGCAGGAGACGAAAUAUCAGAUAGUGAGUCAAGCGGAGACGAGAUGACAGUUUAUCAACGUCAUUGGUUCUCAGGAGAUACAAGUACAGAAUUAAAUCGUUCUACAAGAUUAUCUCAAUUAAGAUCUCAGUUACGGCGACGUUUGAUUCAGUUAAAUAGAAGUGACUCAGACUCAGAAGUUCUUUUACGUGAACGUGCAAGGUGUUUAUUAGAAACUGCUUACAAGGACCCAGCAUCUACAGCAAGAGCUUUAAGUGAUUCACCAGGAACUAGUAAGAUAAUAGAUGGACCACUUCUAGUAGGAGGGCAAUGUGGUGCUGAAGGAUGUCAACAAAUUUCUUUACCUUGUACACGUCAUUGUUCUCGGCAUAUUAUGUUAAAUGGAGAUCAACUUUUAUUUGAACAUUGCACUGCCAAAUUUAGUGACAACACACAGUGUUGUAUUCCUGUGUUCGAUGUUGCACAUGAAUUACCGCUUUGUCCAGAGCAUGCUAGAAAAAGGGAUAAUUAUAAUCGUAAGGCUCAAGAAUCUAAACCAAAGAAAGCACGGAAGAAACCAGCAUCUCCUACCAUCCCAAGGCCUAAGCCAAAAUCCAGGCCAAAGAAAAGAAAGCGACCUCCUGCAAAUAAAUUAGAGACCAAAGGUACUUUAGCACAUGAAGAGAGUCAUUAUAUGAGCCAAAUGAACUCUAGUGAAAGUCACAUUAAGACACUGAAUAAUAUGAGUGUAACACAAGGAAGCUCAAACUCUUCGAACUUAAACUUAGGGUUGGGACUGAGUUCUCUCGGACUAGGAGGAGGCCUGAAAGUCGAGUUAAGUGAUCAUGAAGUAUUUGCUUCUCUGGAUCCAACUGAACAUGACUUUGGAAAUGUACUCAACAAUUUACCUGCAGAUGCGUUUAAUGAUUUAUUUAUUGAAAGUAGAAAUGGUGAAUAUGAACCAUCAAGAGAGGAGGAAGAAGAAUUGGAACGAGCUUUAGAAGCAGUGGAUAAAGAUGUUCGUAAUUUAGAAAGAAUGGGACAAACACAUGGACUUUUAGAGCCAGCUUUACUUGAUGAAGAAACUUUGAAGGAAGCUAUAUUUGAUUUGCAAGAACCAAUAGUGUUUCAUAAUAUUUUGCAAGAUGGGAAUGGUUCGUUUAUAUGGCAAUUAUUACAAUGGAAUUUAUCGGAUCUUAUAGAAAAAUUCGGAGAUAUGAAAUUACAAUUUCGAGUUGGAUAUAAUUCAAGAUCCAUGUAUCCACAAUGGGAAAAGCAAUGUCAUACUAAAACAAUGACAUUUGCAGAAUUUGUAGAAGAAUCAAAUUCUUCUAUUGAUAACAGUAAAUGGUAUUACUUUGAUUACAAGUAUAUGCAUGAAUGGAUACAGGAUAAGCCUGAUUUACUUAAUUCCUUAAAUUGGCAUAGAUUUGGCAUUGAAAAAGAUGGUCAUGAUUCUACUCUUUGGAUUGGAAAUAAAGGCGCACAUACAAAUUGUCAUUUUGAUUCUUAUGGAUGUAAUUUAGUAGCUCAAAUUCAUGGCAGAAAGCAAUGGAUAUUGUUUCCACCAAAUUCAACCGAUAAACUUCGUCCUACAAGAGUUCCUUACGAAGAAUCAACGAUAUACAGCAAAUUUAAUUUUUUUUGUCCAACAGAUGAGGAAGAAGAAGCAAUAUUAAAGCUUUCAGGACAAGUAAAAUUUAUUAUACUUGAAAAAGGAGACGUUUUAUUUGUUCCAAAAGGUUGGUGGCACUAUGUAGAAUCCUUGGACUUGACUGUAAGUGUCAAUAUAUGGUUACCUCUACAGACAGACAAUAAAGCACGCCUUAAGGAAGCGCUUGUUAAAUUAAUUGUUAACAGAAUUGGUAAAAAAGUAUGUGACAAUCCUGAGGAAAUACAUUGUUCUCUUUCUCAAAAUAUGAAAAUAUUGGAAAACACUCUCUUAGAAUGUAAACAUAUUGAUACUGAAAAGUUAUCGGAUACAAAGAAAAUAAAACACUUAGUAUGGACUGUUGAAGAUUUAUCUGUAAAGUAUCCUAAUUUUGUGAAAUUACUACAUAACUUGGAGGAGUCAGAAUUACAAGAUUUAUUAAAAUAUAAAAGAGAAAGAUUUUUAACUAGUAUUGAUGAACUAUCUCAGACAAAUGUACCUACAUCUGUGAUUUCUGUAAAUAAGACAGAACUAUUCUCUCAAUUAUCAAAAGACAUUGUCAAUACAUUUUGUCAUCCAGAUAUUAUCGAUAAAGCAGCUGAAUUGCUUUUAAAAACUCAUUAUGGAAAUUAAUAAAAAUAUUAUAUAUAAAUCAAUA